AUGAAAAAACAUCAAUUCACCUCUUUAGAUGAUAUUCCUGAUUUUGAUUUUGAUAAAAUAAUAAAUCAAAAUGAAGAAUAUAAUGAUACUAAACAACCAAAAUAUACUCCAAAAAUUAUUGAAAAAGUACAAAAAAGAAAAGAAUUUUUAGAAAGAACAAGAAAUAAAAGAAAUGAAAGAAUUUUAAAUGAAGAAGAAAAGAAAGGAAUUUAUUCAGGAAAAUCAAUUCGUUUUGAAAGUAAAAGUUAUAAAGAUUUUAAAGAUUUAGAAAAAAUACCAAUACAACAACAAUUACAAUUACCUGAUAUGAAUGAAUUUUAUAGAAAUAUUCUUAUAAAACAAAAUACAAUAAUAAAAGAUAAAUUAUUACCAGAAUUUCAAAUAAAUAAAAUACAAGAAAAAAAAAUUAAAACAAAAGAAGAAUAUGAAAGAAAAAAAGAAAUUUUUAAGAAACAAUAUCAAAUUGCUAUUAAUGAAAGAGAAAAACAAGAAAUAAAAGAUAUAAAUCAAUUAAAAGAAUUAUCAAAAUCUAAAGUUAGUAAAAAAGAUAUUGAAAAUGCAAAACAAAGAUAUUUAAUUAGAAAACAAAUUAAAGAAAAAGAAAAAUAA